AUGGCUGGGGCUGGCGCUCCAGUCUGGGCCAUCUGCGUGCUGCGGGUGGCUCUGGCUACCGUCUACUUCCAGGAGGAAUUUCUAGACGGAGAGCGCUGGAGAAACCGAUGGGUUCCGUCCACCAAUGACUCCCGAUUUGGGCAUUUUAAACUCUCGUCCGGGAAAUUUUAUGGUCAUAUAGAGAAAGACAAAGGUCUGCAAACCACUCAGAAUGGCCGAUUCUACGCUAUCUCUGCACGAUUCAAACCAUUCAGCAAUAAAGGGAAGACCCUGGUCAUUCAAUACACAGUGAAACAUGAGCAGAAGAUGGACUGCGGAGGGGGCUACAUUAAGGUCUUCCCAGCAGAUGUGGAUCAGAAGAACCUGAAUGGAAAAUCACACUAUUAUAUUAUGUUUGGACCUGAUAUUUGUGGAUUUGAUAUCAAGAAAGUUCAUGUUAUUUUACAUUUCAAGAAUCAGUAUCACGCAAACAAGAAAUCAAUCAGGUGUAAGGUUGAUGCCUUUACACACCUCUACACUCUGAUUUUAAGACCAGAUCUUACUUAUGAUGUGAAAAUUGAUGGUCAAUCCAUUGAAUCCGGCAGCAUAGAGUACGACUGGAACUUAACGUCACUUAAGAAGGAAAAGUUGGCAGAGUCUAAGGAUUGGGAUCAUGCUAAAGAUGACAAAACCCAGGACUGGGAAAAGCAUUUUCUGGACGCCAGCGCUAGCAAGCCAAGUGACUGGAAUGCUGAGCUGGAUGGCGACUGGCAGGCUCCAAUGCUCCAGAAGCCCCCCUACCAGGAUGGUCUGAAGCCAGAGGGUAUCGAUAAAGACAUUUGGCUCCACCAGAAGAUGAAAAGCACCAACUGUUUGACGCAAUAUGACCUCUCAGAAUUUGAGAACAUUGGUGCCAUUGGACUGGAGCUUUGGCAGGUGAGAUCUGGAACUAUCUUUGAUAACUUCCUGAUCACAGAUGAUGAAGAAUAUGCUGAGAAUUUUGGCAAAGCCACCUGGGGUGAAACCAAGGGUCCAGAAAGGGAGAUGGAUGCCAUACAGGCCAAGGAAGAAGUGAAAAAAGCCCGAGAGGAAGAUGAGGAGGAAUUGCUAGCAGGAAGAUUUAAUGGGAAUGAAGAUUUUUUCAAUCGAUUUCACAGGCAGGACGAACUUUAGUCACUCCCAUCAGAGAUAAAGAUGACUGGUAAAACCUUGUUUUUACUUUAAUCUA